AUGGAGGACAGCCACUUCCGACACAGCGCCUCGCAUCAUCCCCAUCCCUUCCAGACUAGCUCCUACGGCCACGCCCGCGACCACUCGCUCACUGAGGGUACUACCACCGCGCUAGAGGACCAAGCUUCUCAACACAACAGUGCUUUCGACGAAGAGGGUCAACCACCCCGAUACACAGAAGAAAACGAUCCGUUCCAGCUAGCGUCGAAGCUCAAAUCAGAUGAGGAAAUCCAGGCACUGCAUCCGCUAGCCAACACAUCACGGAAACGCCAUGGACAUGGACAGGGACACGGACACGGUCAUAAUUCAACGACAAGCCCACCGCAGGCAGUGCGCUCGUCAUCGGCCCUUUCGACAGUACCGACGUUGAAGACGUUGAAGAAUGCCUCUGCGCGCAGAGAGCUGCAGGGCUUCUACCAGACGCAGAACGAGAAUAUCGAGCGGAUGCUGAAGCCCGUUGAGGACCACAGACGGGACGCACGAGAGCUGAACACCAAUAACCAGAUGAAAUAUAAGAUCGCGAUCUACGGGAGUUUCGUGGCGAAUAUUUUGCUCUCGAUUUUACAGCUAUACGGAGCUAUUGCGUCCGCGUCGCUAUCGCUGUUCACGACGAUGGCGGAUUCAGUGUUUGAUCCGUUGUCCAAUCUGACGUUGUUGCUGUGCAAUAAGACCGUGAACCGGGUUGACCCGCGCAAGUUUCCUGCUGGGAAGGCGCGGAUUGAGACGGCGGGGAAUAUUACGUUUUGCUUUUUGAUGACGGCUGUUUCGAUACUGCUGAUUGCGUUCUCGAUCAGGGAUUUGGCUGGCGGGUCGGAUAGUGAGACGGGGGAUUUCCAUCUCCCGUCUGUUAUUGCGGUUGCUGUGGCGUUUUGUACCAAGUUUGCGCUCUUCGUUUAUUGCUUUGCGCUGAGGAAUCAGGUUUCUCAGAUUCGGAUUCUUUGGGAGGAUCAUCGCAAUGAUCUGCUUAUUAAUGGCUUUGGUAUACUUACUUCUGUUGGUGGGAGUAAGCUGAGGUGGUGGAUUGAUCCGAUGGGUGCUAUUAUUCUUUCCGUCCUUAUCAGCUGUCUCUGGCUUCACACAGCCUAUCAUGAGUUCCAGCUGCUCAUUGGUGUUACUGCUGAUACGAAGAUGCAGCAGUUAAUUACUUAUAUCUCUAUGACCCAUUCCCCUCUCAUCACGGCCAUCGACACUGUCCGCGCUUACACCUCUGGUCCGCGUCUCGUUGUCGAGGUCGACAUUGUCAUGGACCCGUCUGACUCCCUGCGCGCUACGCAUGACGUUGCUGAAGAGCUGCAGACGAAACUCGAGUCUCUGCCUGAUGUUGAGCGUGCCUAUGUCCAUGUUGAUUAUGAGACCACGCAUAAGCCGGAGCAUUUCUUGAAGAAAGAACUCUAA